UGUUCUGGUAUCCAUUAUAUAAUAAAACAAUCGAUUGUAUACUUUCCCUGUUUCCUUCCACCUGAAACCGCAAAACGCUUUACUGGCAGAUCGAUGAUGGAGAUUCAACAUUUCUCUCACGAGCACCCUUUAGUAUUAAUUCAGAUUGAUGAUACCCUUCGAUACCCUGAAACUGAAUGCCAUGUGUGCGCCCAGGAUCUCGUUCCUGAAGCAUGUCCAGUGUAUGGAUGUAAGGAUUGCGGGUUCUACCUCCACAAGCCCUGUGCUGAACGGCAGUUGGCUCCCCAGAUUGAUCACCCUCUACUCCCGCCACAUCCGCUCAUUCUCAAUACCGAGUUAUUCAGGAUUCGCAGCUACGGGAUAUACCACUGUUCUUGCUGUCAAAAGAACUGCGUACACUUCUUUUACCAUUGCAGCGAGUGCAACUACGACCUGGAUCUAGAAUGCGCAUCGCUUGUUCCAACCUUGAAGCUUCGGGAUCCCAGCCACCUCCUUUUCCUCUUUGAGAAGGUAGACAUCUGCAGAUAUGCCACGUGCAGUGUCUGCGGUGAUGACUUCGGCGGCGCUGACUCCAAGAUCAAUUCACCCAUUUUUGUUUGCGCGGUUCCUGAGUGUGUUCAUGCUCUUCAUUUGCACUGCGCACCGAUCACUCUACCGCAGACAGUCAGGCACGAGUACCACAAUUUCCACGACCUUGUCUAUACAAAAUCAGUGACUGAAGGAGGGCAUUGGGAUGGUUACUACUGUGAUGCCUGUGAGGAGAAACGGAAUCCCAAAUUUCCGGUCUAUUACUGCAAGGAAUGCAAUUUUGCUUGCCAUGUCUUCUGUGGCAUUUCCAAGGAGUUACCUUCUCUAAUCGAAGCAUAUGAGAGUGACUGUUUACAGAGAGGGGACUGCUUAGAGGCAUUGCUUCGCUAUUACAAAGACAAGUUGCCGAGAUUGCGCUCAGAGAAAGAGGAACUAGAAAACAAAUUGGAGGAGAUAGCGCAGAAAGUCGGGGCACUUGAAGCUCAGCGAGUUAUCCACCAACUAUCUAAGUUGUUGACUGGGUAACUAUCUAAGGGAGUAUUGUUGCGGGAUAUAUCGAAUAUACUGCCAUGGUUGCCCAUUGACUGUAAUGUCCCCGUUUAAUCUGGCAUGCGCGCAAGCUUCUUUCUUUCCUUGCUUGUAUUAAUUUCAGCUCUAUUGGAAACUGGGUUCCGAACAUCCUGUCUAUUUGCUUUAUGUUAAAGCUCAUGCUUCUCGAUUCAUAUGGAUCUCAAGUGUCAUCUUGCUCCAUAGAUAACCCCCUCUGACUCGUUUCCGUCCAACUCACCAGGCCUUCACUUCAGUCUUCAGCCGGACAUUGCAGAAGUUCUUUUCUUCGCUUAGUUUCACUAAUCUUGCAAUUUUGCCAGAAUUCGUUAAUUGCUCCGUACGAAUUUACAAAGUUUCCGCACAAGCAGUAACAAGAUCAGCUAGAGAAAUGCAGUUACCUUUUGCAUCUUCUUCUUUGUCACCAGGCUCAGUGGAACUAUUGA